AUGAUCCCACUUCUCUGGACAGUCAAAAUCUACUGCCUCGCCUGCGGCACCCUGAUAGAACCGGACGCUCGCGUAUCCAUAAGAUGCGAGCGAAUCAAGGGAUGGGGACCGUCGGAUCCCGAGUUUUUGUACUUGCCUGCUGCGCAGGUGGAAGAUAUGUACUUUAGCAAAAGGCAGGCGUGGAUGUGGGUGAGCCUGUAUCGAUUGAUUAUCAGAGAUCCCGGUCAAAGUCCUGGGCAACAAAGUGGCCAAGACGAUCGCCAUCAACCUCGUUACCGACUGUCAGGGAUCGCGCAGUUUACCACCGAGAUGAUGGACACGUUCCUGGUUCCGCCAGACCGGGAUAGGGCCAUUAUCGGUAGGCAUCGUUACCGCCGUCGGGCCUCAACCAAGCUUGAAGCGGUCUUGCCUGACGAAAGCAUGCUGCCUCCGGCCAUUUCCCCUUUUUACUGGGAUAAUAAUAAGAAGAAGAAAGCCAAAACCACUAACGAUAAUAAUCCACGACUGUAUGGCUACCCUAUCCACGCGCGCUGCUGGACCCUGAUCGAGCAGGUUAUCGGCCCCGGAGUUGCUGAGAGGCAUCUGGAAUUAUUCCUACAGACACUCAAACAGCAAUUCAGGAAACGGAUCAAUCCAGCCCGGAGCUGGGCUCAAGACGCCUGGUUUGGACGGUAUCCUGAGCGCUAUGUUGCCAUGACCGCAAAGAUACGAUAUCUCUACCGCGACCCUGUCCGAAUCCCCGCAGUUCGGGAUCUGCUAAAUACAGCUGUACAAAGAAAGCCAAAGCCAAAGCCAAAGCCUCAGUCUAACGGCUCUCGUCGCAUCAAAAGAAGGAGAGAAGAUGAUGACGAUGAUGAAGCGAUAACCAGACAAUACACCACCAGACGAAUCUCUCGGUUCUCGUCGGCACUUGGGAGGAGCCCCUUUGGCCCGGCCAUCGACCUCCCGAUGGAUGUCCAGUGUCUCAUCCUGGACCAGUUGGACCGACACGAUUUCGCCAUGUUACAUGAGGCCUUCAGUGGCCCGGCAGCGGAAUGGCGCAUGCCAGACUCAUACUGGCGGAGCAGAGUGCCCCGGAUCCUCGUCUACGAAAUCCAGGAGUUGCUUGCUGCCAAUAGGGACAACAAACCGGUUGAUAUGGAUAUGGAGAUAGAGAUAGAUUGGGAGUACCUCUGUCUCCAAGCCGAAGAACUGAUCGAGACAUCCGACGGAUUGCGGAACAGACGGCGGAUCAUGCGAAUUUUGGAAAAGACCAAAAAACGCUUCUAUCGCAUGUUGAGUAAUAAUGAACAUUCCCGUCUUGAUGAGGAGGAUUGCCAUGAGGGGAGUGACUGUGAUGAGAAUGGCUAUGAUGGAAAUUGUCAGAGCUGGAACUGGAGUGACGGCGACUGUUCCUUUGGUGAAGAGUCUCUUGACAAGGAUAACGACAGCGAGGGUAAUGAGUAG